ACUUGUGCGUCCCACCCUUUGACAGACGACGCUAGCUCGCGAGCAACUUACCCAAAACGAAAGCUAACUGCGGAAGAGGGAAGGGAACAGAAAACGAAAACAAAAUCACUUGACUGCUUAAAUUCCUGACACCCACAUUCUGUCUUUUGUCCGGAAUUCGGCGGCUGUGUAAAGAAAAGGUCCGGGUUUUUUUGGGGGUGGGUGUGGAGACAAGGCUGGCCUUUUUGCUGUCAACAACAACAGCAAGACCUGAACCAGUUUAACAGCUCGACCAAUGUGCUCUUUGUUUACCUCCAAAGAGCGCCUUGAAAAAUUCGGGAAUGGUGAAUAUCCGCAUCUGGAGGUGACGCGUUGCACUGGAAUGGAGUCAGUAGCAGCGACCACGGCGACCCAACAGUGACGCCGCUUUCCCGCCAUGGCGCACUUCGACACGGAGUACCAGCGCCUCGAGGCGUCGUACAGCGACUCCCCGCCGGGCGAGGAAAACCUGCUGAUGCACGUCCCCGAGGGGGCUAAAUCCCAGUGGCACCAUAUCGAGAACCUGGACCUGUUCUUCCAGAGAGUUUAUAAUUUGCAUCAGAAGAACGGAUUCACGUGCAUGCUCCUGGGGGAGAUCUUCGAGCUGGUUCAGUUGCUGUUCGUGGUGGGCUUCACCGUGUUCCUCGCCAACUGCGUGGAUUACGACAUCCUGUUCGCCAACAAGUUUGUCAACCACACGGAUUCGUCCAAGGUCACUCUACCCGACGCUUUUGUGCCCGUGGACAUCUGCAGAGCGCGCAUCCGGGACAACCCCUUUGUCAUCUUCGUGCUGCUGAUCUCCGGGGUGUUUUGGCUCCACCGCCUGGUGAAAUUCAUCUACAACGUUUGCUGCUACUGGGAAAUCCGAUCCUUCUACAUUAACGCUCUGAAGAUGACAAUGUCGGAGUUGCCAUACGCAACAUGGCAGGAGGUUCAGGCCAGGAUAGUGGAAAUCCAGAAGGAACACCAGAUCUGCAUCCACAAGAAAGAGCUGACGGAGCUUGAUAUUUAUCACCGCAUCCUCCGCUUCAAAAACUACAUGGUUGCCAUGGUGAACAAAUCUCUGCUUCCUGUGCGCUUUCGACUUCCUCUAUUAGGAGACGUUGUGUUUUUCACACGCGGCCUCAAGUACAACUUUGAGCUCAUCUUCUUUUGGGGGCCAGGCUCUCUUUUUGAGAACGAGUGGAGCCUGAAGUCGGAGUAUAAGCGAGGAGGUAACCGUCUGGAGCUGGCCGACAGACUGGCAACGCGCAUCCUGUGGAUCGGCGUCGCCAACCUCCUCCUGUGCCCCGUCAUCCUAGUGUGGCAGAUUCUCUACGCUUUCUUUAGCUACACGGAGGUAAUAAAGCGAGAACCCGGUUCUCUCGGGGCCCGGUGCUGGUCUCUUUACGGCCGAUGCUACCUGCGUCACUUCAAUGAGUUGGACCACGAGCUCAUGUCCAGACUUAGCAAAGGCUACAAGGCCGCAUCCAAGUACAUGAACUGUUUCCUCUCUCCUCUGCUGACCGUGGUGGCCAAGAAUGUCGCCUUCUUCGCCGGCUCCCUCCUGGCCGUCCUGAUCGCGUUGACCAUCUACGACGAGGACGUGCUCGCCGUUGAGCACGUCCUGUCUUCGAUCACGCUGCUGGGCGUGUGCAUCACAGUGUGCAGGUCGUUUAUUCCUGAUAAGCACAUGGUGUUUUGUCCCGAGCAGUUGUUGCGAGUAAUCCUGGCUCAUAUUCAUUACAUGCCCGACCACUGGCAGGGCAACGCGCACAGAUAUGAGACGCGAGACCAGUUCUCACAGGUCUUCCAGUACAAAGCUGUGUUUAUACUCGAGGAGCUGCUGAGUCCAGUGGUGACUCCCAUCAUCCUCAUCUUCUGCCUGAGGAGGAAGUCGCUCGAGAUCAUCGACUUCUUCAGAAAUUUCACCGUGGAGGUCGUGGGUGUGGGCGACACUUGCUCCUUUGCCCAGAUGGACAUCAGGCAACACGGGCACCCUGCGUGGAUGUCCGAGGGGAAGACCGAGGCGUCCAUCUACCAGCAGGCGGAGGACGGCAAGACCGAGUUGUCCCUGAUGCACUUUGCCAUCACAAAUCCGCAGUGGCAGCCGCCACGCGAGACCACACACUUCAUCAGCCAGCUGAAGGAAAGAGUUCAGCGAGAGGCCACCGGGGCUCCCUCGGAACCUCAUCCGCUCUCGCUCUCAGAAUCUGAACCGAGGAGCCUGAUUGCCAAUUUUCUCGUGGCGCCUUCGGCUCUGGCCUCUGUUCAUUUGGGCCGGGACGGUUCGUUGAGCGGUCACACGGCGGCGGCGGCGGCGGGGAGCGAGGCGGUGGCGGCCUUGCGUUCACUUUCCCCAAUAAGCGGCAGUCUUCACCUGAGGGGCAGCUUCGGCGCAACUUACAGGACCGCCGGACACGCCUCCUCUAUAAGCAGGACCAUGGCCGGCUCCGGAACGGACGCCCGAACCGUGAGUUCCGGCAGCAGUGCGUGGGAGGCUCAACUCACCAGUUUGGUCUUGUCCGAGUACGCCUCCAUGGAGAUGAGCAUCCAUGCACUUUACAUACACGAGUUGCACAAACAGCAGUUCCGAGGCGACGCGCUCUCCCGCCACACGUGGCACAGGCAAGAGAGCGACGAGAGCAGCGACAGCGUCCCGGACGAGGUGAAGAGCGUGCCCGGCUCCCGCUACAAAUACUUACCGCGCUCGCACACAUUCCCUACCGCGGUGCCCAGUCCCGGCGCCAUCCCCUCUUCGGCUUCCGAAGGCGCCGCCGUCGGCACCGGUCUGGAAGGGGCGUCGUCAGAACAAGAUUCUUUAGGGACGAGGGGAAAGGUGACCAGGUCGGCCCGGGUGCCGAUGGGCGGCUGGGCAGAAAAGUCUCAGCCGUCGGCGUCGCGCUGCCACGGGUCGCUACCGGAGGACAGCUCCGAGGACGAGUUGCCGCCACACAUACACAAGGUUUGUUAGUUCGUACGUUGGAUCGACCACAGGGUUCCGUCCUUUCAGAGAAACCGAAACACACCACCCUUGGCUGGACCUUUCUCCUGGACUCGGAUGCAAAGAAGAAUUUAACGGCACAGACCCGGAAUUGAAUACUGCGGGGUGCAUUUGUCAUUCAAAUUAUCUGCGGUUGGGCAGCGAAUUGUAAUGUUCUAAAGGUUUUAUUCUAUGUUCUUUUACAGACUAAAAGGGAAUUUCUGUGGUUUUUUUUUUUUUUAAGAUUGAAUAUACACUACUCACAAAAAGUUAGCGGUAUUUGGCUUUCGGGGAAGAGUCCAGAAUGAAUCCAAAAUGCACAAUAACUUCUACAAAUGGAGCUUAAUUUCACCUGAAUGUUCAACUGUACAUUUUUUUUUCAGUGGUUUUUGCACAACUUCCUGUGCGAAUCACAGGUUGUUAGCGCUAUGUAAGGAUCCAUAAAUGUCUUGGUUUUAUGAGAAAUUAUUUCAACUGUCCUGUUAAAGUAUCUGCAAUACUGUAUACCACUACCGAUAAAAUGUGUACAGUGCAAUCAUGUCACACAUUACAUAAUCCAACUUCUGUGCUUGUUUUGAAAAAGGGAUGGGUAUGCGCACUUACUUACUAUUUUGAACUGUACAAAAAAAUAUUAAGGUCAUGGGAAAACAUCUCAGCAUACGUGCAUGACGAUCAUCCAUUCAUGCUAAGUGUUACUCCAUCAUAACAAUAACAGGAUGACUGGAAAUGUCAUCUAUUCACCAUUUUCGAUGCACUUUAAUGACUGGUAAGAAUUUCACUUCGGCCGUUUGCAUGUCCUGCUGAAUGUUUACGUUUUUAAGUUUUGUAAUUACGGUAUGUCACUCACUCACGAAUAGAGGACGUGCCAUGAAGUAGAAAUCAAAUGACAUGCUGUCGGUUCAAAAACGCAGGAGCGAACUUGUCUGUUGUUCAUUGUUGUUGUAAAAUAGUUUUGUACAAAUGUAAAUCGACACAUUAAAACUGUUUGUGUUGUAGCCUA